AUGCGACAUGUAGAACCACAAUCCACCUCGCUGGCCGAAGAACCCAAGCCCGUCGUUCAAGUAUCAGAACCCCUUGCGCCGCCGCCGCGACCUGCGCCCACCACUCAAGCAGAGACCCCCGACUACUUCUCGUCCUUGCACAACAACGGAAGCAGCAUCGGCCAAGAAUUCAAUCCUUUUGAACAAUCGUUCGGAGCGCCUUCGACAGAGACUCCCGGCAAAAACCUGCUGCCUCCUGUCGCGGCUCUCACAUCCCCAGCCAUCCCUGGCACCAGCUCAACCGGCGGCUACAACUGGCAAAGCUCUCUUCGGUCAGGGCCGCUGAGCCCUGCAAUGUUGGCUGGUCCGCAACAAGGUGAUUACUUUGACAGUAUCGGCCGUGGCUUCCCGACGCCCAACGAGUCGUCCCUCCGGACUGGUCUGACUCCAGGCGGUGGCGGGUCUAUGUUUCCCGUCCCCAGCCCGAACUCACAAGCGCUCUUUAACUCGUUGCAAAGUGGCGGCGCAACGCCUGGCACUCUUGAUUUCCACCGCACAGCCAUCAACGCUGCAGCGAGAAACAAGAACCAAUUUGCCAACACUUCCAACCCACAAGAGAUUACCACCACCACCACCACCACCACCAGCAACAUGGAUUCCGUCCACGACGCCACCGACGCUGCCAAUGGCCUGUUCAUGCUAGCGAAAGGAGGCCAAGCUAGCAAUCAAUUCGCCGUGCCCAACCCGGCGCCUGUUCCGACUGUCGGCCAAGAUCAAAAGCGGAAUAGCUCUGACCCCGGUGAAAGCCCUGAGAGCCCCCAGGAUCCCAAGCCAACCACACGCAGUGGCCGUGGUAAGAAGGCUUCUGCCAAAGCCGAACCAGCCAGCAACCGGAGAAAGUCAGAAGCCAGUGCCAAAGGCAGCAAUAAACGCGCCAAGGGCAAUUCAGGAGCCCCCAACGUGGAUCCGGCCCUUGACCCUCGCGGCGACGACGACGACGAUGACGAAGACAGCGAUGAAGCCGAAGAGCAAGAAAAGACCACGACAACAACCAACAGCGGUAAUAACAAAAAGAUGACAGAUGAAGAGAAGCGGAGGAAUUUCCUUGAACGCAAUCGUGUUGCCGCACUGAAGUGUCGCCAAAGAAAGAAACAGUGGCUGGCUAACCUUCAGGCCAAGGUGGAAAUGUACUCUGCCGAAAAUGACAGCCUCAACACACAGGUUGCUCAGCUGCACGACGAGAUUCGGAACCUCCGCACUCUACUUAUGGGCCAUAAAGAUUGCCCCGUAGGUCACGCCCAAGGGAUCGGGCAGUUCUUGAGCGGCAUGCAAGACCCCAACGCAUUCAACAACCAACAUGUCAACCCGUACGGUAUGGGCUUGCCGAACGGUGCUUCUCUACAACCUGGCAUUCAGAGAACGUGA